AUGACAUUGAUUAGUGAGAUUCAAGGAAAAAAGCCUAAUGAGCUCAAUAAAGAGCAGACGGUACUUGUAGAGUUUGAUAAGAAGAAUAAAGAAUGGUUUAUUGAAGAUCCAGAAGAGAAACAAAGAUACAAAUAUCAAGAGAUCUUGGAGAGAUGGAUACCGGAAGAAGAGAUAAACAAAAGUGAACAAAAUGAAGUAAGCCGAUUAAUUAAAAGACAAAAAAGAGAGAAGGUUGCAGAAAUGAAGAGAGAAAAGAAUGUACAGAAGAAACCAAGGAAGAAUAGAAGUGUUUAUAUAAGUGGAUUAAGCCAAAAUACCACGAUAGAAGAAGUCAAGGAGAAAUUUAGUCGAUGUGGAAUAAUAGCACAAGAUUUAAGGAGUGGUGAAGUGAAAAUUAAAAUGUAUGAGAAUAAAGAGGGUCAAUUUAAAGGGGAUUGUCUUGUUGAAUACUUUAAAGAGGAGAGUUGCGGAUUAGCUAUCGAGAUACUGGAUGGUAGUAAGUUGAGACCAGAUGAUAAGGAGCCGAUGAAGGUGAGUCAAGCAGUGUUUAAAGAGGAAGCCGAAGAGGAAGAGGAAGAGGAAAAGGAAGAGGUGAGAGAAGACAUUCGGCAAGAUAUCUUAGAAGGAUGCCAAGAAAUAGGACAAGUCGAUGAUGUAAUCAUCUACGAAUCAGAGAAAGAAGGAAUUAUAAGAGUUCGAUUUAAAGAGAAAGAAGGUGCUAAAGGAUGUGUCAAGAGAAUGAAUGGACGAUAUUUUGGAGGAAAGAAGUUAGUAGCCCAACUUUGGGAUGGAGAGAAGUACAGGAUAGAUGACACGACAUCAAAAUGA